UCGGACCUCUGGCUAUUCAAGAUGCGGCUAUGGCGUUGCAUGGGUAUAGACCCUGCUACUGGUACCACCAGAUUCGGUGGAAGCCUAUGUCCGGGGAGGGACCCUGGAUUACGGCUAUACUCAACUAUGAUGGGGGUGACGAGCUGAGACUGAGGACCAACGUAGGCGGAGGAAAAGAGGAGGAGAUGCGCACUGAUGGAAGGCUACAUGACGCUAUCAUAGAGACGAAAGACCGUGUGGAGAGGCGCUGCAGAAAAGACGGUGUGACGGUGAAAAUGCAGGUAACGGUCUCGCAUCAUGAGACCAAGACCUCAAUGGACGAGGCGGACUGGGAGCAGGCCCACCUGGAACGAGACUUAGGUGGGGAGAGCGACAUGAGCGAGGCGGAGGACCGGGAGACGGACCUCAGGUCCUGGAUCAGACCAGGCGAGAUCCAGAGGCAUCACUGCGCUGCGAAGCCGGUGGAAGAGGGACCUGAGGCCAACUCACGACAGCUAACGCCCAGAGGCCGUGGGACUGGGGAAAAACAGAGCAAAGGGAAGAAACAUCACGGAGAUCACCGCCAGUGGGCCGAGUACCUCGAGCUGCUUAUCAUCCAGGCGUGGCGAACGAAAGUGGAAGGCAAUCUGCUCGAAUUCCUCUUCGGAUCGGUGCGGCCCGAUCUCCGCCAACCGAUCGUACACAAGUUAACGGUCCCCCUUGCACAGCUGGCCGACGAUCUCCCUCUUGAGAUGGUCUCGCAGAGCGACGACAGCCCGGUCCGGCACGUUCUUACGCGGACCUUGGCGCCAUAUCUUCAGUGGUCGGCGUGCUUGGAGGAACCGGGGAGCCACCGCAAACCGCCAUCACAGCGCGGUUACCUGAACCCGCACGAGAUAGUCGAUCUCGCCUUCUUCCAAGAUUGGACGGAUUCCGAGAACGAGGAGAUAGAGAUUGAAGCGGAAGAAGAAAGCUCGGAAGAAGACGAAGAGGUCAAAGAAGAGGCCGACGAGGAAAAAACUCCCGAAGAAGGGAGUUACAGUGAGCACAGCGCAGGGGAGCAAAGUGAGGAGGAGGAGGAGGAAGAACAAGACGACGACGAAGAAGAAGAAGAAGACCAGGGGGAAGUAGAGGAGUCGGAGUACGAAGGAUUUGAGGAGGAAGUGCGUGACGAGGCUCGGGCCCAGGCCCAGGCACAGAAGAGGGGAAGAAAUCGCGGCCGGGAAGAGACAGCUGGAAUUCGCCAGCGCAGCCGGCCAGCCGCUCAUCGACGAUCCGGCCCGGGAUCCAGAGCCGCCUAAGCCCGAGGAUGGAGCGACCGCUGGCGAGACUUCUGCCGCACCAGCGAGACG